CGAGCGAGUGAGCGAGCGAGCCAGCAAAGAAGGAAGGGAGGAAGGCGGAGCUGGUCGCCUCCUUCGCCGCCAGCGAGGAGCCUUCUUCCCCCGUCCAGUUCCGUCCAGUCCCGCCCGGGGGUCGGUCCUGCGAAGGCGCGCCAGGCGGACGAGGAGCGCCGCGCCAGGGAGUCAGUCCGCCUUUAGACAUUAACCAAGAACAGAAUGGGGAAACAGAACAGUAAAUUAAGACCCGAGGUUCUCCAGGAUCUCCGAGAGAAUACUGAGUUCACAGACCAUGAGCUUCAAGAGUGGUACAAGGGCUUCCUGAAAGAUUGCCCAACGGGUCAUUUGACUGUUGAGGAAUUCAAAAAGAUCUAUGCUAACUUCUUCCCUUAUGGCGAUGCCUCAAAAUUUGCAGAGCAUGUGUUCCGCACUUUUGAUACAAAUGGCGACGGGACAAUUGACUUUAGGGAAUUUAUCAUUGCUCUGAGUGUCACUUCUCGAGGAAAGCUUGAACAGAAGCUGAAAUGGGCGUUCAGCAUGUACGACCUUGAUGGCAACGGGUACAUCAGCCGGGCCGAAAUGCUUGAGAUAGUGCAGGCAAUCUAUAAAAUGGUGUCUUCUGUCAUGAAAAUGCCAGAAGAUGAAUCUACUCCAGAGAAACGAACAGACAAAAUUUUCAGACAGAUGGACACAAAUAAUGAUGGUAAACUAUCUCUUGAAGAGUUUAUUAAAGGUGCCAAGAGUGAUCCGUCUAUUGUGCGAUUGUUACAGUGUGAUCCAAGCAGUGCAAGUCAGUUCUAAUUAAACUCUGGACAGUUUGCAAAGAAAAUUACUGGCUUGUUCCAGCUUUGCUCGUAUAUGGAUGCCUUCUCAACCAUUCCUCUGUGACUAGUGGACGUGGCUUCGCUGCCAGAUUGUGUGUGAAAGAGAGCCUCACUUCUCUACCAACAUUGAUGCAACGUCUCUCCUCCUUCCACCACUUCAUUUCCCCCCUCUCCCCAUAACCUUAUGGAUCACUCUAUACAUUUAACGUAAGAGGAUGUUUACAUGCAGAUUGAAGUUAUUGCACAUCACUUGGGUAAUAUCGGUGAAUUACUUUCCAGUACCCCCUAAGAAGAAAUAAUGCUGCGUGUACCUUUUUGCCUGGCACAGCAGUGGCAAAGCACAGGCAGAUUUCAUGUGCUUACCAGAAAAUGGCUAUGAAAUGUGGAAUAAAUUGAGUAGAGGUUUUUUUAAGAGCAUGAUAUCAGUUUCCUUUCUAUGAGGAAUAUUGCUUGCACUUAUGUAAAGGUCUUUCCAUUCUUUUAAAUAUAAAUAUACAUAAACUAUAUAUAUAUGGUGAAGUAAAAUUUUAAUAUCUAGGUCAUAUUUAAUAUAUCAUGUAGAACUCAUGCUUUAUUUCUUCUAGUUGCCUGUGAUUAUUCAUUUUUUAUUAAAAAAAACCAUGAUAUUUAUGCAUAGCAGAGUUGCCAUUAAGGCAUUGCACGACUAGCUGCUUGUGGAUAUGACACUGUUUUAAUUACCAGUUGCAACACUUGGUUCAUUUUUACUGUUGAUUGUUGAUGAAUGUUUUACUGUGUUUAUGAAGUCUUUUUAAAAAGAGCCCUUCUACUUCUGUGUUUCUUGGUGAAGCGCCACGUGCGGUGGAUGCAGCGUUUGACAUGGCUUUUGAGUGAGGUGAGGUGAUUUGACAUGCAUUUGUUAUGACCCUCCUCCCUUGUGGCUGUCCAUCUCUGUUAAUAGUCUCGUGCAUUCUGGUGUUAUUUAAUAUCUGCCUAACGCCAAUAAAUGUUAAUUGAAAUACAUACUCAUUUUCUUGUCA